UGUGACCCAGCAUUCAGACGUUUCGAAUGGGUGAUAUCCAACCGGCUGGCGCGCAGCUCUACGCCUCACUACACCGGCAAUGAUGGGAGUCAGAAUAUGGAUGAUGAUGCUAUUCAGUACCUCGUUGACCAUGGCAUCAACAAUGUUAUCAGCCUGAACCAAUUCCGCCUAACUGACGACGUUAUCGGGAGAUUGAAGGAACGUGGCAUUAACUACCUCCACCUACCGGUUGCAGACUACACUGCUCCAACAAUUUAUCAGUUACGCCAGGCAUACGAUUCAUACUUUCCGGCUCAGAGGACGACCCUUGUGUACUGCGGAUAUGGGCACGGCAGGACGGGUACAGUUAUCGCCGCUUUCAUGCUGCUUAGUGGCAACCAACUCACCCAUAACGAGUAUUGUAAAUUCCAUGUGGAGACGCAAGAGCAGUAUGAUGUACUAGAUGAAUUGGCCAAAGAGCUAUGUGAAGUUAGGGAUGUUAGGGACGAGUUGUGA